AUGGCAGGCAAAAGCAAUGUGUGCAUUGUAUAUUUUUGUAUUGUGUGCUGUUGCUGUAGCUGUAGCGGCUGUAGCGACUGUAGUAGACACAGCGACAGCGUGCUUUGUGACUGGCAUCAAUGAAUUGAAUUAUUAAAUAAAUGAAUGUGCGAUGUGUAGACGCUUUUGGUGUAUUUCUUGAAUUGUUGUCUCUUUAUGAUAUUUGAUAUUGAAAAAAUACUCGAAUUGCAAAAAUUAAUUAAAGCUCGUCCUGAGUUGUAUAAUCACAAAUCAUCCAAAACUAAAACUGAAUGCGCUAUUAUAUGGAAUGAAAUAGCUGGAAAAGUGGGUAAAAAAGUUUCAGAAUGUAGAACAGUAUGGACAGGUUUACGUUCCUCAUAUGCUAGACACCUGCAAAACAUGGAAAACAAUGAAAAUGGAGUUAAUCGAAGAAAGAAAGCCGAAUGGUAUCUAGCGAGUAAAAUGUCAUUUCUCAAUGAAUUUAUGCAACGACCACCAAAGGAACGUAAUAUCACCAUUUCUACAAACAAUGAAGACCUUAACAGUUCAACAAACAGUGUCGAAGUCGAUGAUAGUUCAACAAUAAAUUUAAAAUUCAAUAAUCAAAGAACCGAAUCAACUGACGAUGAUAUACAUAGUAUUGUAACAAUUAAAUCUGAAGAAGAAGAAUCAUUAUCUGAAGAAAUAAUGCAGAAUGCUUUUGAAGAUAAUCCUAUAAUAGAAGAAGAAAAAACUGUGAAUGCUAUUGAAUCUAAUAAUUAUACACUGAAAAAGUGUCGAGUAGAACUCAGUACAAAUGAUCAAAAUAUUCUUAUACCGAAACGAAAUGAACAUCAACUUGAAGAUCCGUCUGCUAGUUUUUCUAAGCGACUGAAAAUGUCUCCAAAUGGAACGAAUUUAACAAUUGAAGAAAUUAAUAUUCCUGAGAAAAAUACUGUAACUUUGAAAACAAAUGAAAACAAAAAUGAAAUUUCUAAGGUUAUUGUUUCAAAAACACCUAAAACGCCUCAAGCUAAAAACAGUUUCACAGCUAAAGAGGAAAUCGUUGAUGAAAAAGCACGAGAAGAGUCGACGAUGAUGUUCUUUCAAAGUAUUCUUUUUGAACUCAGGGAAUUGACUGAUAGAAAUUUACGUUUAUUUAAACAAGAUAUUUUACAGGACUUGAAUAAAUAUCUUGAUGAAGAUGAAAACGAAGAUUAA